UGGGGGGGGUGCGAUUCCUUGUCGCAAAGACGAAACCAGCCUUUCGGAGAUCUCAAGGGACUCGCCCCUCGGCAUCUCCGAAGCAGCUCCUCCUCUUCUUGAUCGAACGCCAUUCUUGAACCCUUCAUAAGCUCUCUCGAUUCCCCAAACAAUCGGAAACCCAUUUUCGCCGCCCUUCGUCUUCGAUCGAAGGAGGAACUUGCUCGCCUGUUGGGCGGGAUUCCGUUGGACGAUACAAGGAAGAAAGUUCCGAUUUUUAUUCUUCUUGUUCAAGAAAGUUGGAUUGGAUGGCGACGCUUUCUUCGACGAGCUGUCGCUCCUACGCGACUCCAUUGCCGCCGCCGCCGUCGUCGUCGUCGUCGUCUUCGUCGUCCCACGCGCCGCCGCCGUCGUUGUGUGGACGCCGUCAUCAGCGGAUAGCGUUAUCUUCGAUUCCGAGGCGGUUUUGUUCGGCUAAGGUUUCUUCUCGGUUCCACGGGAAAUGCUUCACGAGCGCCGUCCACAUGCAAGAUGGUGCAGUAGCUCCAGCACCAAUCGAAAACGAGACUCCUUUCAAGAAAUUAACAGAGGGGCUGGUCUCGGCUACAUCAUCUGAAGAAUGUAAAGAUGCAGCUGCAUUCUCGAAUAACAAUGGCUCCACUGUCAGUAUCACCGUUGUUGGGGCCUCUGGUGACCUUGCCAAGAAGAAGAUAUUUCCUGCACUUUUUGCGCUGUACUAUGAAGAUUGUCUCCCUGAGCACUUCACUAUAUUCGGUUAUGCUCGGACUAAGAUGACCGAUGAAGAACUCAGAAACAUGAUUAGCAAGACACUCACGUGCCGGAUUGAUAAGAGAGAGAACUGUGGUGAAAAGAUGGACCAAUUCCUCAAACGAUGCUUCUAUCAUUCUGGUCAAUAUGAUUCUCAAGAAAACUUUGCGCAGCUAGACAAAAAGAUGAAGGAGCACGAGGCUGGAAGAGUCUCUAAUCGCCUCUUCUAUCUUUCAAUUCCGCCAAAUAUUUUUAUUGAAGCUGUAAGAUGCGCAAGCUUAUCAGCUUCAUCUGGUAAUGGCUGGACUAGGGUCAUUGUUGAGAAACCCUUUGGUCGGGAUUCAGAAUCAUCAGCUGCUUUGACCAAAGCUCUUAAGCAGUACCUAGAAGAGGAUCAGAUUUUCAGGAUUGACCACUAUCUAGGGAAGGAGCUUGUGGAAAACUUAUCCGUUCUACGCUUUUCAAAUCUCAUUUUCGAACCUUUAUGGUCAAGGCAGUAUAUAAGGAAUGUGCAAUUGAUAUUUUCGGAAGAUUUUGGCACAGAAGGACGUGGAGGGUACUUUGACCACUACGGGAUUAUAAGAGAUAUCAUGCAAAAUCACCUGCUCCAAAUACUUGCACUCUUUGCAAUGGAAACUCCUGUGAGUUUGGAUGCUGAGGAUAUCAGGAAUGAAAAGGUCAAAGUGUUGCGUUCUAUGAGGCCAAUGAGUCUUGAAGAUGUGGUUAUAGGGCAAUACAAGAGCCACACUAAAGGAGGGAUCACCUACCCGGCUUAUACAGAUGACAACACUGUGCCUAAAGACAGCCUAACACCAACUUUUGCCGCAGCUGCGCUUUUCAUAGAUAAUGCGAGAUGGGAUGGCGUGCCUUUCCUGAUGAAAGCUGGAAAGGCAUUGCAUAAUAAAAGGGCUGAAAUAAGAGUGCAGUUCAGACACGUACCAGGUAAUCUGUAUAAUCGAAACAUAGGGACAGAUCUCGAUCAAGCCACAAACGAACUGGUUAUUAGGGUUCAGCCAGAUGAGGCCAUUUAUUUGAAGAUCAAUAACAAGGUCCCUGGUUUGGGGAUGAGAUUGGACCGGAGUAAUCUAAAUCUGCACUAUGCAGCGAGAUAUUCAAAGGAGAUCCCAGAUGCAUAUGAGAGGCUUUUACUAGACGCAAUUGAAGGAGAAAGAAGGUUGUUCAUCCGCAGUGACGAGCUUAAUGCUGCUUGGUCGCUCUUCACGCCGGUGUUGAAAGAACUUGAGGAGAAGAGGAUUAUCCCCGAGUACUACCCUUAUGGAAGCCGGGGCCCAGUUGGGGCCCACUAUCUUGCAGCAAGAUACAAGGUCCGUUGGGGUGACCUCGGGAUGGAGCAGUAAAAUCCUCUGGGUCAGAUCAUGGCUCCGACGGGGGAAAGCUCUAUACCUUACCUCGGUUAUUCUGUUUCACUACUGAAGUGGAUUAAUAGGGUAAUGUCCAGGUGUUCUGGUGAGGAAAAAACCUGGUAUUAGUAGGUAGAAGUAGUUUCUAGGACAGAACGAAGAGCAGAUUGAUGUGGCUCUCAAGUUGUGAAAACGUUUCAGGGCUUACUCCCAUUUAUUUCCCGCCCUUUAUUCUUAACACAUCUGGAAGGGGACAAAACAUGAGCAUUUCAGGGUUUGUCUCGUGGUUUCCUGGUGUUGUCUUGAAUUCCUGGAAGAAAUGGGAUGUGUAGGCUCUACGAAUGAAUUUCUCCUUGAAUGGAAGAAAUUUGAAAUGGGUAA